AGGGAACCUAACGGACUCCGGACGCAUGAUGUCUACAGGAGACCUCUAUCAAGACGCUGACUGCGUGUGUUCCAGUGGAAUGAAGAUUACCUGGGAUAUUAAUGAUCCCAAGCUGCCCCAGGGUGUGAAGCAGUUUGAUGGGUUCCAGGAGUGGACAGACGGCUACGUGAGGUACAUUUACCUGGCCGCGGAUAAGAACGCUCAGCGGCACCUCAGCGGCUGGGCAAUGAGGAACACCAACAACCACAACUGCCAGAUCCUCAAGAAGUCCUGCCUGGGCGUGGUGGUGUGCGGCGGCAACUGUAACCUGCCCGGGGGAGGCAGGCUGCAGCUCAGGCCCGCAAUCUGCGACAAGGCCCGGCAGAAGCAGCAGAAGAAGAUUUGUCCGAACUGUAACUCAGGAUUGGAGUUGGUCCCUUGCCGAGGACACAGCGGAUAUCCAGUGACCAACUUCUGGCGACUUGAUGCCAAGGCCAUAUUCUUUCAGGCCAAAGGCGUCCAUGACCACCCGAGGCCGGAGAGCAAAGCGGAGACAGAAACCAGGAGGAGCGCUGUGAAAAGAUGCCUGUCCUCCCCACACUUCACACACAAGAAGAGGCACAUGGAACCAGAGGCAAGUAGAUACCACGACAGCGGAGGCGUCUUCAACAGCCUCCACCACCUGCCCUGCAUGGAAACCGCAGACAGAUACGGCUUGAUAGCCGGGGAGCCAAACUUUGCCGCCCCGGCACAUCACUGCCCGCCGUACCAAAGCGCAGAGGCGUACAAGCCCGCCUACGACCCAGCCGGCAGCAUGGGGGAAAUGGCCUCGCCUCUCCAGAAGGUCGCCUGCCACCCAAGGAUCUACCUGCCCCGGGGGUCCUGCGGCUACGAGUUUGCCGUUCCCGGCUACGUGGGCCCCGCCGCCUACCCGUCCCUGUACAAGGACGCCGCUGCCGCCGCCGCCGCCGCUGGUGGCGCUCAGCCCGAGGGGGACUCGGGGAAGAUGUGCGUGCAGCAUGGUGGACCCCAGCGGGGGAUGGGCCCCGCCGCCACCGUCCACGACCGGAACUUUGACCUGGGCUGGAAGCAGCUGAUGAAAGGGGGUUGUGGGGUCGACAGGAACGAGUGCGGGAGCCUCACGCCCAGCAGUAACGGCCAUUACUACAACGGCGAAUUCCCUUGCAGGUUGGCCGGGGCCGGCUCCACCCCUCCGGCUCUGCAGACCAUCAUCACCACCACCACCAAGGUCUCCUACCAGACCUACAAGCCCAUGGGCAAGUUUGGAGACAGCGUCUGUGAUGUCAAGAGCUUACCGAACUGCAACCGUUUGGCAGAGGCCACCAUUUACCCCGAGCCCAAGUACCACGAGGACAGUGGUGUGGUCAAGCCAUCUGCGGCCUACCAGCAGGAAGGACCCUUGAAGCCUGACCUGCUCGACGGGCUCGACAACUACAGAUACGGCAGCUGCUCCUCAAACCCCUACCCCGAGCGCCCAGUUCACCCCUACAGAUACGACAGCGGGGAAUACUGAUGGAAGGCCCAAUAAUUUUUUUUUCCUCCCCCCAUCGUAACGUUUUUCGUGCGAGAUGGAGCCCAGUGAAGAUAGUCCGAGGGUCCCCAAUGAGGUGCAUGGUAGGUCGGGGCCGCUCUCCGGUUUGGUGAGAGGACGGCUCAGUUGCCUGAUGGCAGCUGGGAAGAAACGACCCCUGAAUCUGGAGGUUCGUGUGAAACCUGAACCAUUCUGUCAAGGACUGGAGAGAGGUCCUGACCCAUCAUCUGAAGAAGGAUCUUGACCCGAAACG